ACCGCGUUCACGACCCAGAAGAGUGUGCGCUUGUGUAAAUGAAGGUGAACCGCGUACGGGGCAAGCGUGUGUUUUCGUUUCCAAUUUUAACUUCUGAUAAACUUCCACCUGAAUAUUGAUCUGCAUCACUGAUACGUGAGGAGGUUUUAGCCACGGAUUCACUUCAGUUCAACUGUCGAGGACGAAACUUUUAUCGGAGGUGGAUUGUCGAAGGUGUGGCGGUACUAAGACGUACCGAGGUCGGACAGACUGUCUGUUAUAUCCCGCUGAACUCACACGCAUGAUAUCCACAAGGACAUUGACAAAAACACAUCUGCCCGGUUUGGUGGAACCUGGAGAGAAUGAGCCGAGAUGAGCCAGAGAGACACACUGGUGCAUCUGUUUGCUGGAGGAUGUGGUGGCACAGUAGGUGCGAUCCUGACGUGCCCAUUGGAGGUGGUAAAGACGAGACUUCAGUCGUCUUCUGUGGCGUUCUGUAUUUCUCUGAGUACAGUUAAUGGAGCUGGUAUGGCACGUAUGGCCCCUCCGGGACCCCUUCACUACCUCAGGUUUAUUCUUGAGAAGGAAGGUCCCCGUUCAUUAUUCAGGGGCCUGGGGCCCAAUCUAAUUGGAGUCGCUCCUUCACGAGCCAUUUACUUUGCUGCUUAUUCCGGCACCAAAGAGAGAUUAAACGGUGUGUUAGAGGCCAACUCCACACAGCUGCACAUGGCAUCAGCCGGGAUUGCAGGAUUCACGGCCAUUACAGCAACCAAUCCAAUUUGGAUGAUUAAAACAAGACUACAACUGGAUGCCAGGAAACGCGGGGAGCGGCGGAUGAACACGUAUGAGUGCAUACGGCACGUGUAUCGGAUGGACGGCGUGCGCGGGUUUUACCGCGGUAUGUCCGCAUCAUAUGCAGGAAUCACCGAGACUGUGAUCCACUUCGUUAUCUAUGAAGCCCUCAAACGACGCCUCUUAAAGGCCAAAGCAGCAACGCACAUGGAUGGAAAAGAAGACGCGGGAAAAGAUGCAUCUGAUUUUGUGAGCAUGAUGCUCGCUGCUGCCACGUCCAAAACGUGCGCCACCUGUAUAGCUUAUCCACACGAAGUAAUCCGUACCCGUCUACGGGAGGAGGGCAACAAGUAUCGCUCAUUUUUUCAAAGUGUCAGCUUGGUGUUUCGAGAAGAAGGAUAUCGAGCUCUUUACAGAGGACUUACUACACAUCUUGUCAGACAGAUUCCUAAUACAGCCAUCAUGAUGUGCACCUACGAAUUUGUCGUCUACCUGCUUGAUGGCUAAACUUUGAACUUUGUAUUCACCUUUUGUCAGGUGUGUGUAAAAAAAAAACAGAUGGAGAAAAGUGUCAAAAUUUACAGAUCCGAGUAAUAUUUACAUAAGGAAACACAUUGAUAUUAGGAUGAAAAUGCGUCUUUUUUUACCGUUUUUUGCUUUUUCUCUCUCUCUCCUCCGUUUAAUGUUUAGCAUUAUGCUGCUUCUGAAAGGCUUCGCCUUGAUGUGUGCUGUUAAAACUCAGACUGUUCAGCUUUAUCAUAGGUUUUUAUUGCCUAUUAAUGCUUUGAUUGUGAUCAAAGCUUAAAGGUCAGAGCCGGAAUCGAAUUGGAAGAGAUCCAAACUGAGACUCACUUCCUAUUUUGUAAACCAGCCAAUCAGAAUGCACUUAGAUCGUGGGACGCCAGAACAGGAAAGAAUCACAUAUUUUCUUUUACAGAUGUUAUACAUUAUAUUUAUAUUAUGUAUAGCAUGUACUUGAACACUGUGCGCACACGUUUGUAAGACACUGUAAAGGUGAGUGUCAGGAGUGUCAUAUUUGUGAGGUUUUACAUUCUCUUCCUCUAUAUGUAUAUAUGUGUGUGUGUGGUUUGGUGUGUCUGCUGGCCAUAUAUGUUUGUUAGAAUAAAAAUAUUUAAUAAUUAUAUAUUUUCUCAGCAGCAAAAAUACUAAUGAGAUGAUAAUAAACCUUUUUAAAAAAUGCAUUAAGCUGUUGCACUAACAAAGAAUAUGUUUGGUUUUCGGAAGACAUGUUGUAUCCGGAUCACAAGCACACACACAGCAUAUGAAUGUGUUCCCAUCCAGUCCAUACAGAGACAGAUUCUUAUAAAACACUUGAGGAUUUAUGUUUUUUGUUUGUUUUUGGGUGCAGUUUUGGGUGCCAAUCUCACUCUUUAAUGCCUUUAUGAUUUUGCAACAGCUCACUGUUUGUUUUUGGUUUACAAUAUGUUUGUCACACUUCAUAUGACACCAUGACUGUUUAUAUGAAAAAAAUAAAUGCAUUUAAAAGCAAGAA